ACACUGUCCUUGACAGUGUGUAAGUCUAUAGUGGCAAUAAUGAGAGAGCAUAUUGAAUACAAUUCCAGAGGGAAUGAAGUAGCCUACUUGUGUAUGACUUGUCAUCAUUGUAACACAAUUAUUUGUUGGAUGUUUUUAGUAGGCUUUACUUUGAUGUUUUUAUUGUUUAUCUCGAUAGCCUAUUACUAACACUUUGACCAAACGAUUAGGCUGGGACAAUUUACCCUGUCCGUAGGCCUUGGAUAGAGAAGACACCUACCUUAAGCAGAAUGUUAAAAAACAAAACAAUAAUGAAGCAGCAUGCUUACCUUUGUGCCAAAAACAGGUUAUUCAUUGAUGUUGGAGCCCCUUGUGUUUGCCACUCCCUCCGCCCAUUGCCCUGACGUCAUGAGAGUGCUGUUGGAGGUGUCGAAUCCAGUUUUUCCGCGAGCGACGCGAGUCCAACAUUGGUGAAACAGUAAGAAAGGAACAACCUUUGAAAUCGUACAAAUCACAGUAUUGUAUCCAACCACCAGAAAAGAAAGAUGCCUUUGGGUGACGAUGGACAUUCUUGGAAGAAGAAAACGUCAGAUGUUAAGGAGAAUUUCGACUUCAAGGAGAUCCUGGGGACGGGGGCUUUCUCUGAGGUGGUCCUAGCGGAAGAGAAGAGGACACAGAAACUGGUGGCCAUCAAAUGCAUCCCUAAGAAAGCCCUGGAAGGCAAAGAGAACAGCAUAGAAAAUGAGAUCGCUGUCCUGCACAAGUUAAAACAUGCCAACAUUGUCUCCCUGGAGGACAUCUUUGAGAGUAAAUCUCACCUCUACCUGGUUAUGCAGCUGGUGUCUGGUGGGGAGCUGUUUGACAGGAUAGUGGAGAAGGGCUUUUACACAGAGAAAGAUGCCAGCAAGCUCAUCCAGCAGAUUCUGGACGCUGUCAAAUACCUCCAUGACAUGGGCAUCGUACACCGCGACCUGAAGCCGGAGAACCUUCUGUACUAUAGUAUGGAAGAGGACUCUAAGAUCAUGAUCAGUGACUUUGGCCUGUCGAAGAUAGAGGGAUCUGGAAGUGUCAUGUCCACAGCCUGCGGAACACCAGGAUACGUGGCCCCUGAAGUGUUGGCCCAGAAACCCUACAGCAAGGCGGUGGACUGUUGGUCAAUCGGUGUCAUCGCCUACAUCCUUUUGUGUGGAUACCCUCCGUUCUAUGACGAGAACGACGCCAAGCUUUUUGAGCAGAUUCUGAAGGCUGAAUAUGAGUUUGACUCUCCUUACUGGGACGAUAUCUCUGACUCAGCCAAAGACUUCAUAGUCCAUUUGAUGGAGAAGGACCCCAGGAUACGCUACACAUGUGACCAGGCUCUGCAGCACCCCUGGAUCGCUGGUGACACUGCUCUAGAUAAGAACAUCCAUGAGUCUGUCAGUGCUCAGAUCAGGAAGAACUUUGCCAAGAGCAAGUGGAGGCAAGCGUUUAAUGCCACGGCGGUGGUGCGUCAUAUGAGGCGUCUGCAGCUGGGCACCAGUCAGGAGGCCACCAGUCAGACCACCCUGCCCAGCCCUCUCAGAGCCCACCUGCUGCUGUCUGAGGCCACAGAAACAGAGGACACCACUGAGUCUCCGUGUGAGGGGGGCUGCUCCCAGAGUGCUGAUGGGGGGGCAGAGCGCGACCACCUCUCCAACUGCACCUACCGCUGCCAUCCAACCAGCCGGGUCUGAUCCCUGCACACCGAGGCCAAGCGAGGCCAACCAAUGACUUUCCCAUUUACCUCUGGAGACCAGAGAACUCCCUUGUCUGGCCAGAAAUACAGAGUUGUUCCAGCAACCUGCCACCAGGAGGGGCAGGCAGGUUAUGAAUCCAGGGUGGGGAGGAGGGACUCGAUGUCAACAGAGGAGGUCAUUUGAACGGAUUGGGUGAGAGCGGGGGAUGAGAUGAGAGGGUAGAGGAAAGGAAAGGAGGAGAACAUUGAGAAAGAAAGGUAUGGUGCCCAGAAUAAUCCUGGCUCAUAUAUUUUGGAAGCGGGACAGAGCUUGGACAGGGUUUUACUCAUCCUUUUAAAAUGUGCGUCUGCUUUUUAUAUCUCUGCAUUUAUGUGCAUGGUGUUUUCUAUCUUCAUUGUCUUUCCACUUUGACAGAAUCCAUGGAUGAUUUCUGCAUGAUGAGGUGACAGGUCCCCUUGCAUGUUGGCGGCAGGUGUUUUAUAGCGUGAAGAGUCUAUUGCAAAAUCAAGUAUGGUGGUAAUCAUUAUGUUAUAGUUCCUGUACUGCAGAUACACAUCUUUAUGACCUUAAUGAAUUUAGCCCUUCAGCAUUACAUUUGUAUGGCUUUGUUGUAUCUUAAUAUUCUUUUUAUAUAUAAAUGUAGCCCUAGAAGCAUUCACCUAAUACCACAUCUGGAUAAUCAAUGUGAGAAUACUCCAUCCAUUGGGCUAGUAUACAGUUGACCCAGCAUUUAGCUAGAUCUGUUCUUUCUUCUUUUUUUUUCUCAGCAUGGUUGUGUUUCACAACUGUAAGUUUGUGGUUGUGCUCCCACCACAGGCUUGUAACAGAAUAAGGCUUUCUGAUUUUAACAAAUUCAGCACAGGGACUUCUUCUUCUUGCCUUUAGAACAGUAUCAAAUGUUUAUUUUCUGGUGGCUUUUAGAAAUCUGAAGAUACGUCUCUAUAUCUCUGCACAGUUGAAGGAGCAUUAGGGGCUAUUUAAUUUCUAUCGUUGUAUGUUUGUAUAUAUUUCAAUGUGGCAAUUCUAUCGUUAAAUACAGACUUUCACCUCGGUCCAGAUCUGUCCUGAUCGCUUUUCCAGUUGAGAAGUGUAAUACCCUGGAGAUAGACUUACAUACAUAGCCAUUCCUCUUAGUACUAGUUAAUACUUAAUUUUUUCAAGCCUUUGUAUCUGUACAGAGAGAACUUGAAUUAAAGAAUGUAAAUAUACAUCUCAUUGUCUCACCUCAUCAUUUCUUCUCUCUCACUCAUCAUAAAUAAGCAAUAAGGCACAAGGGGGUGUGGUAUAUGGCCAAUAUACCGCGGCUAUGGGCUGUUCUUGUGCACGACGCAACGCGGAGUGCCUGGAUACAGCCCUUAGCCGUGGUAUAUUGGCCAUACAGUAUACCACAAACCCCCAAGGUGCCUUAUUGCUUACCAAGGUAAUUAGAGUAGUAAAAAAUAACUUUUUGUCAUACACAUGAUAUACUGUCUGAUAUACCAUAGCUGUCAGCCAAUCAGCAUUCAGGGCUUGAACCACCCAGUUUAUAAGGUCAUUUAGAACAUACUUUUGGUUACCUAAAAGAGAAUGCAGGAUUUUAUAUCAAAGAAUUUCACUUUACUCAUUUGUUAUAGUUCCUUUGUUUUUUCAACAGUUCAGUUUACAUUCAAUCCAUCAUCUUCAUACAUUUACUGUACUCAAAUUAGCUGCCAUAUAAUGCUCGCACUUUUAAUAAACACAUACUGACUUGAUUGAAUUCUCUGAUGAGAAGGGUACAAUGUGUUUAAAGACUUUUUCACAUUCAUUUCAAUAGCCAAGUGAACAAGACUUGGAUGUGUGGCGACAUGAGACUAGAGGGUAGAGGGACAUCCUCUCUGUCCUCACUCUAUCUAGUCCAACACACAGGCAUUGACUCUACAGACCUACUUGCCAUAGCCUGCAUUGCAUUCAAAGCUAAAUGACUGACACAAAUUUGCCUUGACGUUUACUGUUUCAGUGGCUUUUGUGUAGUGUGUUGGUUCUAAAUUCUGAUCAAUGGCUGUGCUGUUCCGCUUGUUGAUAUUGAGCUGUCACAACAUAGACGUUUUGAUUGAGUCUUGCUCUCAAUGUUGUGUACCCAAUGGUCUACUCUGCACAAUGCCCCGUCAGUUAUUCUUUUAAAGAGACAUUCGUUAAACUAAGAGUAGUGCCAUUUUCAUUAAGGAAUGACUUUCAAGUCAAAUUAGUACAGUGUUAAUUGCUAAUCACUAAAAAGGUGCCAACAUUUGGUUUCAUGAGCUGAGAUUGACAUGUUGGAAACCAAUGAGACUGACUACAUGUUGAGGUCUUCCAGAUACAGUGGAGGACAGGGACUGAUCUCUUUCUGCUCAGUGAUGUUCGGAACAUUAAAAGAGAGGCUAACUUCUCCAACCCUAGCUUUCCCCCGGAAUGUAUCGUUUGAUUCUAUGAUUGUUUCCUUUGUUAAACUACGGUAAUAGUGAGUGCCAUUUGUCAAAGACGUUUAACAAUUUUAACUGUAGCCUGUUCAAUUGCUGCGUGAUGUGAUCAAAAUGUGUGAGAGAGAAUAAAACUUGUAUUGUGCAAACACUGCACAAGCUACACACAUUAAAAUACUUCUUUUUUUUCUGUAUACAGUAUAGUGAAAUUAGGAAUCUUCAUACCAACAGAUGUUUUAUUUUAGAUAUGUUAAAUUGUAUGCUUGACAUGUGGACACAGACAAGGGCAGUGCAAGUUGUCAUACCUUCAAGUGUGACUAACAGUAAGAAUUGUGAGUAAUUCUUUUAAAUUAUUAUUGGCUUUAUCUUCUAUUUGAGCUCCACUAAUUUGUUUGGAUAGUGAAGUUGUUUGUGGUAGAGUGAAAAUGUCCCUAGAGUGUGUGAGGGUAGAGUGUCCGAACAAGGGUGGGCAGAUUGGAGGAGGCAGGUAAACCCUCUAUGUUCACUGCCCAGGGCUUUAACCCAUUCAUUCUGAUUAGAGAUAAAUAAAGAGAGAGGGAGACUGAGAGAGGAGAAGGAGGGGUAGAGAGAGAUGAAGGAAAAGAAACAGACAGUUCUAGAGGAUAGAGUUAGGCAUAGUUUAGUAGUUUCUUGUAGCCGAAUAGUAGAUGAAGACUAGAGGUAUUUUAGAGAGGACGCUAUUGUCACAUUUGCACAUCACAAGAAGGCAUUCUAGCCUUACCUUAAGUGGUAAACGUUCUGAUUUCAAAAUGUAUAUGAAGGGCUUCACUGUAUCUAAAUAGGUGAUGGUUAUUUGAUAGCUGAUGUUUAUUUGAUGAGUUUACACAUUGACAUUUGCUUACUCCAAAUUAACAAUCUGAACAAGUCCUUUGAUAAGAAAAGUGUAUUUAGUUAUAUUUUCUGUUCUUUCUGUUUUUUAUUGGAAGUAAAGUAAAUUAUAUAAAUGAAAAUGUGUAUGCAUAGUGAAGUAUAUAAUAUAGUAUUUUUUUGUAAAAGCUACUAUACUAAUGCAUGGAUGCAAUGCAUCGUGAGCUAUUGAAUAUUAACUGCGGAGUAUUGUUAAGUAUCAAAGCGAAUUAUUUGUACUGUACUUUGAACUGAUUUGUAAACUGAUGGUAUAUUAAAACUACUCUGUCUACGCA